UGACUGUCGUUACUCAGCAGUGUAUUUCCAUUGUAACAUGUACAAUUAAUAGUCAUUUGUGAUUGUUGUGUGAUAAAGUUGAAUAAAAUUGAAGGGAUUGGAACGGCGCUUCCGGAUGACGUCAUCUGAGCGCGACCGUCCUCAGUAUGUUUUCCCGUUUCAGAGCUAACAGCUGCACCGACCGUGCUUUGGAUUUUGUUUCCGUCCCUCCUUCACAACGCGUCGGUGUCAUGAGCUUUGGAGGCGAUUCCGAGGCUGGAUGAUGCACCGCUGUCGGUCUGUGGUCAAAUGUACACACCCUCCCUUUGACUCAAUUUACAUAACAUAAUGAUCUUAAUAGAAUGUUUGCCUGUCAGGGCCACAUGCCUUAGGACAAUUACACUAUCCUAUCAUGGCAUCUGACAUGUCUUGGAUCGGUAGAAUAAUGGGGAAUUCAUUGCUCUCCAGUGUAGUAGUUGUCAUGUCUUAAGUAGUUGAAAAGCCCCCAGAGAUACCUUAAACUGGUGUUAAUGGGGCCUCACUCGUCAGUACCAGGAUUGGCCCCUCAGUCAGUUCUCCAGUAAACCCAUGACGGAGUACUGCGAGGAGGGGGGGCUGCUGUAUGAGCAAUCACCUCCCAUGCACAUCAAAGUGGAGUCUCCCGAGGGACACUCUGGAGGGGGGGCGUCUGACAACGGCUUCCCCAGGGAUGACGACGACUCUGAAGACAGCUGUGACCAGAGCAGUGGCGUGCGUGGGGGUCUGCUGCCCUUCAACGUGGUAGUGGUGCACCCCAACUUGAUGGCGCCUGGCAUGUCCUCAGACGACCUCAUGUCAAUUGAGCAAAACCGAGCAAUGUCUGCUGCACUGGCAGCCAACGGUGCAGGGAAAAGAAAGAGUCGCUUCAGCGGCGCCGAGCUAGAGGUAUUGGUGUCAGAGGUCACCCAAUGUGAAGGGGAAUUAUUCGGCCCGGCGGGGAGGCUCCGGCGGCGGGAGCGGGAGCGCAUAUGGGCCGGGAUCCUCGAGAGGGUCAACGCCGUGUCCAGGGUGCCGCGUACGCUCCGUGAGGUUAAAAAGCGUUGGGAUGAUCUAAAGAGACGCAACGGGGGCCGGCUAGCGGACGCCCGCCACCGCAGCUGGUCCUUGCCGCCCAGCAAGGUGUCGAUGCUCGGACAGUCCUCCCAGUCCAGCCCCAGGCUUCAACACGGACGGCAAAAUCAAAACUCCAGACCAAGGCCAAGUUUCCCAUGCUUCCCUGAAUCUGACACAGGUAUUGGAGGAGAGGGGUCUGAGAGAGACUGUUUAGAAAAAGAUGAGGACAAUCCGGAGCACGAGAGAGAUGUGGUAGAGCCAGACUGCGAACAUGAGGAAAACAGCAUGGAGGACAAACUAGGAUUAGGACUUGGUCUGGGCAUCGGACCACCUCCACCCUCAGAACGAUGGCUGCCUCCCUCCCCGCUCUACAGCGCCCCUUUUCUAAACGGCAGCCCUCAGCCCAGCAGUCCUCAGCCAUCACUGGGUGCACAACAGGGUCCAUUUGAAGCCCCGCCUCGCAGCUCCUGGCUUGAAGACGAGCUGCGGGGGUUAGGAGAAGCGGCGAUUCAGCUUGGGAACCGCAUGGAGAAGAGCCUACGGGAAUUCGCAGAGUGUUUCACCCAAGACAUGAGAACACUUGUGGCUUCACAAGAGGCGUUGGCACUCAGUCUACAGCAGAACAACGUCCUCCUGCAAAGGCUGUUAGGAGUGCUGGAGGCCCAGCAGCAGCAGCAGCAAAGGUUACAGCAGACACGUCAGUCGCAGACAUCGCAGGUGGCUCAGACACAGCAGCAAUUGCAGCAGAUGGAAAUACCACAGCCAGUACAACAUCAGCAGCAUGCAGUGCAACAACAACAACCAAAACUACAUCUACAGCAUCCAAACAGUCCUUCCGCUGGAACCAUGGUCCCUUCGCCAUUGCUACCUGACGCUCGAGCCACUUUUGCUUCUCAUCCCACCACAGACUUAAAUGGGAGCGUGCCGAAAACACGGCGAGGGAGAGCUUUCGAUCACAGGCGCAGGAGACGACGCUAAGAACAAAAAAAGGAGGGAGAGGUGAAUUUAAAGCACACACACUUUGCAUACUUAAUGAAUGAAGAUGACAAUAUUUCUGGUUUUUUUCUAUUUUCUGUAGAAAUAUUUUGCUUCAAACCUCCCUUUGUGCACCUCAAACAGUCCUCAUUAAGCACUGUUAGACACAUGAGAUUAUAGGGUGGCCUUAAAUUUUAAUGUACAUACUGUAUUACUGUAUUGUGCAACGAAACAUCACCCAUUUACAAACACUUUAGAUACUGUAGGAGCCGUUUUAAGGUCAUGCUUUUCAGCAGAGCUUGUAUAAUAUACUGUAUAAAGUGUACAGUAACUGUAAUGUCAAGUACUUGUUGCCAUAUAUCGUACGUACCUGCUAAUGUAUGCCUGUGUUUUAACAGUUCCACAGUGAGUCCUUUUACAGCUAUGGCAGAUGAAUAAUGUGUUAUGUUCAGUGCAUUUUUGGGACAAAACCAUUCCAGACUUGCCUGUCAUGGCGUACAUGCCUGAAGCAUAAGCAUCACAGUAGGCUUCAGAAGUCCAGCCCUAUAAUGAAUUGAAAAUAUACAUGAAUAUUUAGGGCUUUUAUAUUCUUGCAUGGGGUGCACAUUGAUGUGUUUGCAGAUAGUUGUCUUCAACUGCAUAUUGCCAUCUUUAUAGUUUUGCACAAGCUAUAUUUUGUAGAUAGCUACUGUUUCAAUGAAAUGUAUUAACGCUCAAAUAAAAGUAUGACA